AUGAAAUGCGACGGGAAGCGACCUCAUUGUGAUCGCUGCUCCGAGGCAGGCAAACAGUGCAGCUAUGCCCAAUCCCGACGCGGUGGGCUUAACCGCGCAGCUCUAGCUGAGCGUCGCAAACGACUAGCAGCAGCAGCAGGGACCUGUCCGACUAAUGGUCUGGGUUCGCAGGGACAUACACCUCCCUCCUCGCACCUUCAAAUGGAUUCUCACCAUGAGCCUGCGGUGCUCGAUUUCAAUACCGAAGCCGACAUCAAUGGCACCUUUCUGCGAUCCGCGGGCACAACUCAUCUAGACAACAUCGGAAAUGACCCACUAAUUGACUCCUACUACAAGAACUUCCACAUAUGUCACCCCUUCAUCGUACCACAAAAACAUCUAAAAAGGUUAUAUGAAGACCCGAGCAGACAACAAAGCUUCGCACCUCUGAUCGCCACUCUUCGCUUCCUUGGGAAUAUCUACAAGGCGCGAGAAUGGUCAAUACCGCUAAAGGAGUGCCUCGAAGCAUCCGUUUCCCAGGCCCCUGCAUCAGAUCCAAUCAUUGUUCAAUGCCGACUCUUGUACUCCAUUGCCUUAUUCUGGCACGAUCUCAAGGAGGACUCUCAAUUACAGAUGGACAUGGCGACCAAGCUCGCCGUUGAUAUGCAAAUGUUCCGCCAUGAAUUUGCCGUUGCGCAAGGAGCUGACGAUCUUGUGAUGAGGGAAUCUUGGAGACGAACAUGGUGGAUGCUGUACAUCGCGGACGCAUACUACGCCGGAACCUUAGGGACGACGAACCUUCGGGUAGUGGACAUUGACGCAACGACAGAAUUACCGUGUGAUGAGUCGGACUACGAGUCUGGAUGCGCUGCGACGGCCAUGUCCACAACCCCAAAUAUUGCUGCCGAAGAAGAAUCGACACAUAUCAUCCAAGCUGUCGACUGCAGCCUUGACGGAUGGCGACUUUUACUACCACCAGAUCGCAAACAAAUCAUGGACGCGACCGGUGAAGUCGACGAGCUCAUGUUCCAGGCCCAUCUGAUAAUUCACGUAUCAACCAUCGGACUCCACCGUCCAUUGUCGGCCCUCAAAUUCAACGCCGUCGAGAAUAUCUCCAGCUGCGGUCGUGAGCCGGCCCUUGAUACAUCGACCCCGGAUCAGGUUAACGUACAUACCGUUCGAGUCCUACGAGCCAUAGAGGCCCAGAUCCGCCUUUUAGCCUUACCAGUUCGGCAAUUUCACCACACGCCCUUCACUACCUGCAUGGUGAGCGAAGGGACGCUGGCGCUACUUUCCGCCUGCAGUACCAUGCUCAAGGGAAGGGAUCUACGCAUUGCCAGAGAUCAGAUUCGGAUGACGCUCGGAUGUCUUAGGGUGCUAGGGGACGUGUGGCCGAGGAUAGCGAGGAACGUGCAGGAGAUACAGACUAUUGCUCAAUGUGUGCUGGGGCUUGGAAGUGUGGCUGACAGCAGCAGGGCGUCUACAGUGAACGAUAAUACAUCUUCGGGGACAGCAAGGGCAAGUUCUGGUUCGAACACCGGUGAUGCCCAGAGCAACGACCUUGAUCUGAUUGCAUCCUUGGGAGCCAUCGACGAUCUAUGUGGUUGGUAUAAUUUUGCAACACCGGAUGGUCUUUCGUUGGAGGUGGAACAAUAG